AUGGAAUGUCCCUGACGUCAUUUCCCCCAGCGCCAUUGUUUGACCUCCAUGGUUGUGUACUCGAAAUUAGCCAUGGACAAUCAAGAAGAAGUACUAGACGCACUAAACAAUUUUGAGAAGAAGAAAGGCGACAUUCCUCCUGUUUUAGAGCAAUAUUUGAAAACAAUAGCAAAAACCGGCGAAACAUUGUUCCCUUGGCCGAGGGUGAAAUCUUUGUUUAUCAGUAAAUUGGAGGAUGUGAUGACGAAGUUCCACCAGGAUCUUCCUGCCGACCACCUCCCCCCAUGUCCGAAUGUGGACAACCCCAAGUUCAAAGAGAUGAAGAAACGUAUACUGGACUCGGUCAACAAGUUCUCCGGGGCUCCUUUUACCAUUCAGCGAUUGUGUGAGCUUCUGACUGAUCCUAAGAAGCACUACAAGCGCACAGAUAAAUUUCUCCGUGGUAUAGAAAAAAAUGUUUUAGUGAUAAGUACAGUUGAUCCAUUUGGAAAUAAAAUCGUCUCCGAGUCGCGGGCAAACCUGGUGAAUGGAUUAGAAGGAUCCCCUGUCAAUGGAAAUGAAGCAGACUCCCCCACAACAACCACAGACCUCACACCUGUACAGUAUUCUAGCUUUCCCACCCAGCAACAAACAAACUGGACUACAGACAGCUGGGCAGGGGUGGGGCCCAGUCAAGGGACACCCGAUCAGACGAUCUCUUCCUCUGAUGCUGGACCCCUCCCAAGUACCUCCGAUCUGUCCUCUGAUCAGACACCGCGUGACAAUCAGUUGGAGGGUUCUGUACCAGAGUCUUGGUCAGGGCAGGCGAUGUCUGACCGAGAGAAAUCAGUGUGUGAGAGUGAAGAAGUGCCAUGUGAAUCGGAAGAUACCUCUCCUGCCAAGAAGCCGAAAUUCACAGGUGAAAUAUCCGAAGAAAAUUCAUCAAUAGAAUCACCCACAUCAGAUAAUACUAACAAACAAACAGACACCCCACUAAAUACAGAGCCAUCCAGAGAGCAGUCAGACUUUCAGUCAUCAGAGAUUGUGACCUCAGAAGAGUCAGAGGUCACACAAAGGUCAGAGGUGAACAGUGAAGCAGAGACCUCUGACAGUCUAUCUGACAAGAAAUUGAUUUCUGAACAGGAACAGAGAGACCUCAGUAAGGGCUCACCCGAGUCGUCUCAACAGAGAGAUCUCAGUAAGGGUUCACCCGAGUCAUCUCAACAUGAUAAGUCGGUCAACAGUGAUAGUCAGUUACCUCAGAAAGGCAUUACUUCUACUAAAGACACAUCAGAAAAUGGACAGGACCAAAGCCAGUCUCCGGAAAAUAGCUCAGAAAGUCUACAAAACAGUUCAGAGGACAAAGUGGAGCAUAAAAGUUCUGAAGAAACAUCUACGCAGCCAAAUCAGUCAUCCUUGGAGGAGAGCACGUCUAGUUCCCUGGAGACAGAAGAACGCAUGAGCUUGGACAGUGAGACAGAAAAUGUAGAAACCACGAACCCCAGUGCUGAUAGCAAGGACCCUGUAGCCACACCCACGGAGGAGGCGACAUCAACAGAAGGGGAAACACCCAUGGAAGAGGAUUAAAUGGUUGUAAAUGGUUCAUUAUUACAGGAGUUUUGUCACCCCCCUACAUAAUUUACCACUGACUGUCAAACUAGGCCAGUCCUAUUCAUCUAAAGCCAUUUGUAAAAUAUGUGUAAACAUCAUUAGUGUUGCAUAGUGGUUCAUUUUGCUUUGUUUAGGAAAAAAUCAUUCAUAAAAUCAACACUUGCACUGAAGCCAUUGUCAAUGUGGUAAGGGGAAUAGUAUCUGUGAUUUAUGCACAUUUAAUGAUAUUUUUACGUAUCAAAACGAAAACCUUUGCUCUCAUAAAAUCAUUUCCAUUCUCUUAUUACAAACAAAAUCAUGAUUGUUAUGAUGAAGACAUCGUAUUGUACGCCAGACUUAAGCUAUUUUUACUUUAACAAUUUUUUAUGUUUAGUACGUAGGUGCAUAUGCUGUAAACACAGCCCUCAUUGAUCUCAAAAUACCAGACUUAAAAACAAAAUAGGUUAUCAAUCAUUGAACACCUGCAUUCACCCUAUUCUAAGGUAGCUUCAAGUAAAACUGAAAUAACUCCAUUUUGGUCAUCAAAAUUGUCAUUUUGUAAACAGUAAUUCACAGCUCAGACCAAUAAUUGUGGAACUGUUUGGAGUAUGAUAGAAUGUAUUAAGGAACUCUUAACACUAAUGAGAUAUUUUCCUUUUGAACUUAGAGAAAAUUGUAUUUGUUUCGGAAGUAGUACAUAUUGUGUUUAUCUGGUUCAUUUUCAAAGAAGGGUACAUUGUUCAAAGAUAAUGAAGUGUUAGUGAACAGAAAUCACGGUUGUUUACUUACAUUGAGAAAAUACAUGAAAAUACUUUUUUCAAUAACUUUAUGUUAGUCUGAUAUAAUGUUAGGUUUGGAUUAAUUUUAUGUUAGUCUGAUAUAAAGUUAGGAUUGGAUUAAUUUAUUUCAAAUUGUGUCAUGUACUGCUGAUCUCCUUUUAUUCCAUUUUACAUCAAAGGGCAGAUCACUCUAAUGCAUAAAACUACCAUGAGAUUAGAAUUGUUUAGAGUAAACUUAAACAUGUUAUUAUUUCUAUAGUAGAUUGUGUUUUGUGUUUUUAAGAUAAAUAACUAACAUUUUAAAGGUUGUGUUAAAAAAAUCCUUCUUCCUAAGUACUCCCCUAAAUUAAGAAUUCUUAUUUUUUAUUCCACUAAAUUAAGAACUGACUUUUGGAAAUGGUAUACUGUUACUUUUCCAUGAAAUACUGAACAUGAAAAUAUCCAAAUAAAUAAAAGUAAUCAAAAUGGAAAAACAUGAUGCAAAGUAUUUCUACAAAUGUUGUAUUAAUUUGUACAAUGAUGUAUAUUUGUAACUUAUUUUCUAUAUACAUGUAAUAACUGGGAAUAGUAUUUCAGUCUUCAUACCAGAUUUUCCAAGAGAUAACUGUUUACAGUUUGUAUGAUACCUGAUGUGUGUUAUUUUCUAAUGUCAUUUCAGCCUUGUGAUAUUAUGAUUUUAGGUGUUAAUUUGUAAUGGUUGUCAGUGCAUUCUUGUCUGAAAAAGAAACCUUUGUAUAAGAUUGUAAGUGCUAUAAAGAUUCCAGGUUCCAGUCUAAAAGUCUCUUACUGUGUACUUUCACCAGACUGAGUAUGGUUGAUGAACUAUAGGAAGUAGCUUCAUAUGUCAGUCUUUCACAUUCUUAUUGGACUUUAAAUUUACUUUCGUUUACAAUAUAUGUCAUUCAUUUAUUAUUUCCCAAUAAGUAAUUAUAAGAAUAUUGUUUUCUGAACAUUUAUCAACUUCCAAGACAACAAAAAAAUAAUAGAAUAUUUUUAUGCCCCUGCCAUAAAAUGGCCUGGGGCAUAUAGUGCUACCCUGUUCCAUCUAUCCGUCAUUCUGUUAUUCCGUCAUCAUUGACUUUCCGUUCAAUAUCUCGGCAACAGUGGCACAAAUUCAACUCAAAUUUGACAUAUGGGUACGUUAUAGAAAUAUGUAAGUCAAGUUCGAAUUUGGUCAUGGUCCGAUGAUUUUUGACAGAGUUAUCCUUCUUAAAAUUAGAAAAAAAAUUGAAAUUUUCAGAUUCUGCUCUCUAACUUUUGUAUUGAUUAUGUAUAAGGUUGAAAUUGCAUAUGCAGGUAUUUCACCAGAAAAUAUAGGUCAAGUUAGAAUUAGUCGAUGAUUUUUCACAGAGUUAUCCUUCUUGAAGUUAGAAAAAAAAAGAAAUUUUCAGUUUCCAUUCUCUAACUGUUGUAGGGAUGUAUGUAUAAGGUUGAAAUUGCAUAGGCAAUUUCCAACCGCAUAAAGGGUCAAGUUCAAAUUUGGUCAUGGUCCAAUUAUUUUUGACAGAGUUAUCCCCCUUGAACUUUGAAAAGAUUUAAAAAAUUCACAAUUUCUAAUCAUAUCUCAGCUACAAAUGUGCAAUUUGAAAUUUUGGCUGCCUGCGGGGGCAUUUGUGGCAAUACAACACAUCCAGUUGAUUCCAAUUCUAGUUUCAAUUUAAGUCAAAAAUAAUUUUUAGAAAAAAUUCAAUGCAAUGGUAGUUGUACCUUGUAAAUAUUGAUAUUAUGGCUGUUUUCUGUAGUUCAAAAUUAGAUUAUUUCAUUAGAUUAUUUCAUUUAAGGGAAGACUAAGCCUGAAUUCAUUCACAAAUUGUCAUUGCAAUUUAUUCUUUUCAAGUUACUGUGGAAUCAUUAUUGUUCAUGGAGGCCAGUGUUUGUGGGUCACCCUUAUCAACAAAUUACCAUCCCCGUGGAGACAUGGAAGAUAAUCAUGUCCAAGUAUGGAUAAAUUAAUCUUCUAGGAAUUACGUUCACAGGAAGCAUUGGAAUUUAGAUUGCCCACAAACAAACAUUGACCCCCUCAAAGUAAUCCGAUUCCACAGUAGUUGUGACAACAGAAUUAAGUAAUGCAAUUCCACAGUACCGGUAGUUAUGCUUAUAGGAUUCAGAGAUGAUUGGCAUAUUCCUUGCACAAACUAUCAUGACUUUUCCCAACCUUCAAGAAAUGGAUAAAUUAUUUUUAUUUGAAGAAAAAUUUGUUUAGAGCUAUUGUUGUAGAUUCUGCUAGACCUAUGUAUGUUCAUGGCCACAUUGUCAAUCUGGCAUUUUGCUUUAGAUUGUCAUUCCUCAUCAAAAAAUGUAUUAAUCAGCAUUGCAAGCCUCAUGUUACAUACAGUUCAUAUUAUGUCAUCAAGUGUGACCAUCUCUGUCAAACAUGAUUGCAUAGGAAAGCUUUAUUGAGAGAGAAAGUGAUAUGUGUGAAAGUCCAAUAUUUUAUUAUACUUGACAGUAGUCAAAGAAUAAAGUGAUGGAAAAAACAGAAAA